CUCCCGGCUGCCGCUUGGCCCUGCGCGAAAGCGGCGGUGGUGCCAUGCCCUCUCCCAGGGGGGUGCCCUGCGCUGCAGCGGUGGCCCAGGCCCGUCUGGGAGGGGCUCCCGGCCCACCCAGGCGCACGCCUUGGCCCCCCGGGCUGACCCCCGCCCUCCCUGUGGUCGCUGCAGGGAGCAGCCGGAGCCUGAGCACGGGGUACUGCCGGCUGUGCCACGGGAAGUUUUCCUCGCGGAGCCUGCGGAACGCUUUCGGGAAGGUCCCCGUGAUGGGGGAGAGCUCGGAGAAGCAGCGGCGCCUGGACCAAGUCUUCUUCACGGACUUCCAGCGGCUGGUGGGGGUGGCCGUCCGGCAGGACCCGGCCCUCCCCCCGUUCGUCUGCAAGAAGUGCCACGCGCAGUUCUACAAGUGCCGCAGCACCCUCAGGGCCUUCAUCCAGAAGGUGAACGUCUCGCCCGCCGGCCACCUCAAGGCGCGAGGAAAGAACCAUGUGGUCCAGCCUCACCUGCCUGGCCCAGAAGGAGACGCUCCCUGCCUGGCAGACCUGAUCACGUCCAGCCCGCAGUGCAUCCGGAACCUGGUGCUGUGGACCCACCACCACGCCGAGCGCUGCCAGGUGGCGCCGCACCUGCAGAGCGUCCUGUCCUCCCAGUACUGCGGGAUCAUCCGCGCCGUGUGGGGCUGUGCCGAGGGCCACGACUACGUCAUGAGCACCGACUCGGACUGCAGCGCCGUGCUGGCGGACGGCAGCCCCGCCGUCAAGUGGGAGCCGAGCGCCCAGCACGCGACGGGCAACGGGGUAGACGCCGCCGGCCCGAGGGCUGCCGGGGCCGUGCCGGAGCCCCCGCACGGCACGGCUAGGACGGCGGCUGGCCAGCAGCCGGCAAGCGGCGGGGUGGCUUUGCCUCCCUUCGGCACAGAAACCCAGGAGGCAGAGCGCCAGGAGGCGCCCACGGUGCAGGAAGCCUCCGGAGCGCCUUUGCAGGACGAAAGCCAGGCGCAGCCCGUCUGCCCCCUCAAUGGGAGCCCCGGACCCCCGAGCGAGACGCCAGCUCUGUCGGCAGCAUCGGAUGAGCGGGUAAAAGACGAGUUCAGUGACCUUUCUGAGGGUGAUGACAACAAGCAAACGCUGUCUUCAGACGAUUCCUUUGAGCCCUACCCAGAGAAGAGGGUUCCCAACAGCAGGAGAGCGAAAAGCAAAGAAGCAAAGUUGAAAGAGCCCAAAAUAAGGAAGAAGCCGGGACCUAAACCUGGCUGGAAAAAAAAGAUCAAGUGUGAAAGGGAAGAACUGCCAACCAUCUACAAGUGUCCUUACCAGGGCUGCACGGCUGUGUACAGAGGCCCGGAGGGCAUGAAGAAGCACAUCAAGGAGCACCACAAGGAGGUGCGCGAGCGGCCCUGCCCGCACCCGGGCUGCAACAAGGUCUUCAUGAUCGACCGGUACCUGCAGCGCCACGUCAAGCUGAUUCACACCGAGGUACGGAACUACAUCUGCGACGAGUGCGGCCAGACGUUCAAGCAGGGCAAGCACCUCUCCGUGCACAAGAUGCGCCACUCGGGAGCAAAGCCCCUCCAGUGCGAGAUCUGCGGGUUCCAGUGCAGGCAGCGGGCGUCUCUCAAGUACCACAUGACCAAACACAAAGCAGAGACGGAGCUGGAGUUCGCCUGCGACCAGUGCGGGAAGCGCUUUGAGAAGGCCCACAACCUCAACGUCCACAUGUCCAUGGUGCACCCCCUGACCCAGACUCAGGAGAAGGCGAGGGCGCCCGAGCCGGAGGCCCCGCCGGAUGCUGUGGGGACUGCCGAAAGCCAGCCCGUGAAAGCGGAACUGAGCGCCCAACAGGAGCCCACCUGAAGGAGCGGCUGGAGGAAAGCGCCCUGGCCCGGCCUUGCGGAAGCCACGCUCGAGGGGGAGUUUUAAGUGUAUUUUUAUGGGUUCUCCAAAUAGGGGCUCGGGGAAAUCUCUCCCGCUUGCUCGAGGAAGGCUUCCCGUUGCUGUGACGAUCCUCUCCUGGCGCUCGUGUCCAGCAGCGCCUCGCAGAGCAACGCUGCCCUGCCGAAGGGGAGAGGCUGCGCUGCCUCCCCUGACCAGCGUGGCCAGGAAGGUGGCACACCUGUUCUAAAGGUGGGCAAGUCCGUCGUCACAGGCAGGUGCUGCAGGGCGCUUGUCAAGGUCAUGGAAACCCGACUGAAACCCAGACAAUUUGUUUUAAAUUAAAUCCCAAAGCCAAUCUAAAAACAAAACCAGAACAUUUGUAACCUAAUUUUUAUUGUUACAAAGUCAUGGUUAUGCUUGUAAUAAAUUAUUUACACAGUA